AAAAAAAAAAAAAAUAGAUGAAAAAAGAAUCGAUCGUAGGUUGUGGUUGAUUGCGGCCGAACCCUGAAUAUUGCUGUAAACCGCUACUUUGGUAGAAGAUGGAAGAGGAAGCUUUGCAACGCCAAAGUGGCCACGUUAAGAAAAGGUCGUUAAAGAACAAAGCUUUGGGCAUCUCUUUCGACGAGAAAGAUCUCCAAAACUACGUUACUGGCUUUCACAAGCGCAAGAAGAAGAGAAGAAAAGAAGCCCAUAAGCAACAAGAAGAGGCUCGAAGGAGGAAACGCAACGAGGAACGCCAAAAAAGGAAAUUGGAAAGAGAACUUGUUAGUGGGGUUGUACCACCAACCACUGAUACAGAACCUGGUGAAAUUGAUGACAACCAAGACGAAGUUCAGGAACAUGUUCAAUCUAUUGCUGGAACAAAGACAUAUGAAAAUGAUGAUUUGAAAGUCACUGUUGUAACAAGAGUGAUCAACCCUGAUGAAGAAGAAAGUUGCCCUAUUGAAAGGAAGGAGGCAGCAGUGACACCCCAUUCUGUUGUAACUGAUAAAAAGAAAGCUGUACCUAUAAGUAAUAGGAGCCAUUUAAAAAGGUUGCAAAACACAGGUCACAGCCAAAGCCGAGAAGUAAGAGAGAUAAAAGGAAAGGAAAGAAGCCAGGAAAGAAGUGAUGGUCCGUGGCAUCUUGCAUCGUCAGAACAUUCUCAAGUCUGCAAUGAACUGUAUUUUUUGCGGAGGUUUUUCUUCUGCUGGAGUCUCACUGUUCUCCCUUGCUUAGCUGGUCAAUUUGGGGGAAUUUAAGAAUUCAGAAGAAACAUUUUUUUUAAUUAAUCAGUAGUUAUUGUGUUGUAUACAUUAAAUACAUGCAGAUGUUUGAUUUAUCUAGUUAUGCAUUUUUCUUGAGUUUAAAAUUUCUGUUUCUGUGAA